AACUAAUAUUAAAAGAUGACCAAAAGGCUCGUAUAGCACUCGCGAGAGCGUUAUAUAGUGAAGCACAAAUAUUGCUUUUGGAUGAUUUUUUGUCAACUAUGGAUUCAUCAAUAGCACAUCAAAUUAUUGAGAAUUGCUUAAAAAGUCCAUUGAUUGAUGGACGGACUGUGAUAAUUGCAACAAACUAUGUUCGUCCCCUUUUAGACGUUGCUAGUUAUAUUGCAAUACUUGAUGAAGGAACUGUUGUAUCAAAAG